AAUCGACCCGGAGAAAUAUCCACAAGCGCCUGUCGACGGUGGGCUAUCGGUGUUCAAACCAACCCCAACAACAUCCCAACCACCACCAGACGACCAGCAAUACCAUCAAAAUGGGUGUCGGACGUCGCAUGCAGAAACAGGGCCCUCCUGAGCCCCUCUCGGAGGAGCACUUCGCCAACCUCAAGCGCAAGAAGGGCAUUCCCUUCGACGAAACCACGACCGAAGUAGACACUAGAAGAUCCAAGAAGCAGAAGAUUGUCAAGAAGCAGCCCAAGACAUCCGGUUCCAACACUGUCGCAGUCAAGGGCGCCAAGAAGGAGGUCAAGGAGGUGAAGAAGACUGGCACAAAGCCCGCCCAUAGGUCCAAGGAGUCCAAGAAGCCUAAGAAGGCAAAGGAGCCUUCGCCCGAUCAUGACGAGGAGAUGGACGACGAGUUUGGCGCGUCCGACCUGGAGGACCUUGAUAUCGACGGCGAUGAGAUGGACGUUCAAAAGCUAGGAGACGAUUUCCUCGGCACUGACGACGAUUCGGUUUACGAUUCCGACCAGGACGGUGUUACCAAGAAGGAGGCAUUCGUCUUCUCUGACGAUGAGGAUGACGAAGAGGAUAGAGAGGAGAAGCUCACAGCCGCCAACAUUGAGGGUCUUUCGAGGAAAUUGGAUAUGCAAAGAGAGAAGGAAGCAGAGGAGAACGAGGCCGAAUUGCGCGACGAGGCGCUCCAGACCAACAUCGCUGGUGGUGAUGACCUCGGUGAUGACGACGACCAACUUCAGACCAAGACCAAAACUUUGCUGGCGCCCGAUCUCCAGAUGUUGAGGACGAGGAUAACAGACGCCAUCCGUAUCCUGGACGACUUUUCGAAUUUGGCGGAGGAGGGCAAGAGUCGCGCCGAGUACACCAGCCAACUCAUCAAGGAUAUCUGUGCCUACUACGGUUACAACGAGUACCUCGCUGAAAAGCUUUUCAACCUGUUCCCUCCCAGAGAGGCGUUCGCCUUUUUCGAAGCCAACGAGAGUGCCCGCCCCGUCGUUAUCCGUACAAACACCCUCCGAACACAUCGCCGCGAUCUUGCCCAAGCACUCAUCAACCGCGGUGUCACACUCGAGCCUGUAGGCAAGUGGUCCAAGGUCGGUCUGCAAGUCUUUGACUCGAACGUUCCCCUCGGUGCCACGCCUGAGUAUCUGGCUGGUCACUACAUCCUCCAGGCCGCCUCUUCGUUCCUGCCCGUGAUGGCUCUCUGCCCCCAGGAGGGUGAGCGUGUUCUCGAUAUGGCCUCUGCCCCCGGUGGCAAGACCACCCAUAUGGCGGCGUUGAUGAAGAACACCGGUGUGAUCUUUGCGAACGAUCCCAGCAAGCAGCGUGCCAAGGGUUUGAUUGGUAACAUUCACAGACUAGGCGCGAGGAACGUCAUCGUAUGCAACUACGAUGCGCGUGAGUUCCCCAGGGUCAUGGGUGGCUUUGACAGAGUCUUGCUCGAUGCCCCAUGCUCGGGUACUGGUGUCAUUGCCAAGGAUCCCUCUGUCAAGACCAACAGAGACGAGAAGGACUUCCUGCAGCUCCCCCAUCUCCAAAAGCAGCUUCUCCUGGCUGCUAUCGACUCGGUUGACCAUGCCAGCAAGACUGGUGGUUACGUUGUCUAUUCGACGUGUUCCGUUGCCGUUGAGGAAAAUGAGCAAGUCGUUGCCUAUGCACUCAGCCGCCGUCCCAACGUCAAGCUCGUUGAGACUGGUUUGGCUUUCGGCAAGGAAGGCUUCACCAGCUUCAUGGGUAAAUCGUUCCACCCUAGCCUCAAGCUCACCCGCAGAUAUUACCCCCAUCUUUACAACGUCGACGGUUUCUUCGUCGCCAAGUUCCAGAAACUCGGUCCCACGCCCGCCACUGCUGUCCGCGCCAACGGCGUCGACAAGUCCAACAAGCCUCUGGACGGCCAAGCUUCCCAGGAAGCCCAAGAAGUCGUCGACAAGACGCCCAUUGGUGCCGAGUGCGAAGCCCAGGAUGACUUUGGCGGGUUUGAUGAUGGAGAGGACAAGGAGUACAUGGAGCGCGCUAAGCGCAACGCUAUGCGCAGGAGAGGCUUGGAUCCUAGGGCUCUUAAGAAGCCUGUUGGUAAGAAGGGGGAGAAGAAGACUGAGGAGUCGUCCAAGGAGGCUGGUAAGGAGGAGGCUGCUGAGGUGACUGAGAAGAUUGAGAAGCUUGGGGUUGUUGAGGAGCAGACUAAGACGGUUGAUGCCAAGGCUAAGAAGGAGGCGGUCAAACCCACCAAGAAGGUUGAGGAGAAGCCCAAGGCCACCGCCGGUGCCGCCAUGCCGAAGAAGGCUGGCGAGAAGAAGAAGAAGGUGGCUAAGAAGUAAAAGGGAAGGGUUGUAAUGAUUUCUGUCUGUC